AUUUUUUAGGGUAGAAUGAAGUUGAUGGUGUUAUUGGUUCUGUUAGGUUCCACUAGGUCAAAUUAUGUGGAAAUGUGCUGCACAUUCACAGCUGCACUGCAGAAAGACAUUGCAACGAUUUCCACCAUGUUUGAUUCUGUUGACCAUACGCUUGUAAUGGGGUGCAGUGUUAAGCAGACUUCUAAAUGUGCUUGUUUUGAAAAUACGUGGGGCUGUCAAAAGGUUACUGUUACUCAGCUGCAACCAGAAAGGUUUACCUUUGAAGUUGAAAAUGGAAGUCCUGCUAGCAUUUUCGAUAAUGUGAUGAGGGAGUUGCACCGACCCUCACGACCGCAGGAAAAAGAGACGCUUCACACUUACUUUUGUGAGGGUACUGUGGGGACACCUUACGUCUGGUCCCUUGUAACUAGUGGCCUCACCACCUGGAGCAACAAGAAAUGGUGUUUUAGCAAGGAGAACAAGCACGAAUUACGUGUAAAACACAACAUGGUUAUAAGCGUGUCUGCUUUCAACUCUGCUCUCAAACAUGCUAUCCACAACUUUAACCUGGAGCCGGAAGUUGUAUAUCAAGAGGAGUUCAUGGAUGAUAUAAUUAGUGUGGACAUCACAACUACAAGCGACCUUGCCUUUAACAAAUUGUCUGAUAAGCUGAAGACUUUGUUCAAAGAGGUCCACGCCAAUUACAAACCUUAUGCUCCAUCAGAUAAGUUUCAACUACAGAUGGAGGAGGUGGUAAUGGCAUUUGAGAACUUCAAGUGUCGAACCUACGACUACAGGGACUGCUUGAAAAUACUGAAACUUUACCAAGAGGGAUCAGCCCCGAAAACUCUAUUCCAUCUUUCUGCCGAUCUACAAGAUUUAUUCAUGACAGUAACUAGCACACCUGCUGUUCUGCUCGUCUACACUCCCAGUCACUACGAUGAAACUCAGGAAUUGUGUGUUUAUCUGGAUUCCUCCCUUGGACAAAGCACAAUAGGAGAGUACUCAGUGGCUAUGAUGAGUGAAACUAAGCAAUAUAAAGCUGGGGUUUACUACAUUCUCUAUCCUAACAGUAUAAAGGAAUGCAAGGAGGAAGUGUAUCGAUGUCUGAGUAAGAAAUUUGGCGUCUAUCUCCCUCCGGCAGCAGAGAAUGCGCACAGAGCUGUUCCUGUUGUUUUUGGGGAGCAGUUCAUCGAUGAAGAAAACCAUCAUAGAGGUAAUUUGAACAAAGCCUGGUUUUUCGAGCCACCAAAAGAGCUGAAGAUGAUCUACGACAUCAAGACGUUACUACAAGCGUCAGAUUAUGAACCAGUCCUGAAAAGUGACACAACAUCAUUACGGGUGUUAGACGAAUCGGGGUAUUACUCCUCAAUCAGUGACAAACGCGGUCAUUUCAUUUUGUUCGUCUUCAGAUCGGACGUAUCAAGUCUGUACACGAUAAAACAGCUGUUGGAGACCAGAUUACCCGGUAUACUGAUAGUGGAGUGCUUCAACCUGAAUCUAGUGUGUGACAAGCUCGACAUUAAAUCCUACCCCGUCGUAUUCUUCGCCAGGAACAACGAGACCCUCCACUACGCUGGUCCUAUGGAGGAGGUUGCUCUGAACACCUUCAGAGAGCUGAUAGAACACCCUGUAGUUACCAGAGCGCACCGGAUACAAGUUGAUCUCGUUCUCAAAGGAGCGGACAACAAGGCGGUUGUGAUGAUCAGUUCGGGUAAGAGUGAACUGGAAGACAUGUUCCACUUAGCUUGUGAUGAGGUGUAUGGCUUUAUUCGGUGUUAUCUCCUCGACUCCAAGAACCCGAACGAGAACAUGCUGAUUGUACACGUUCCAGACGACCCAGUCAUGAUCAACAAGAAGUAUCCGCUGAAAAAGGAGAAGUCUGUUGACGGCUUGGUUAAAAAGAUCAAGAAGCUAUCUACUUCAUCCGUCAUAUCAGAAAGUGAGCUGCUGCUGGUCUACAAAGAUCUGACAGACAUUGUCCUGUUUGACCAAGUGUUGGACGAUGAGCUAGCCAAGGUGGUGAACACCUUCCCUUUUGUGCAGUUUGUCCAGGUCUCCUCUCCCGAGUUCAAACACAAACUCCUCCGGGAACUCGUAGGAUACGACUACGACGAAGCGAUGUUGUUCAUUUCCAAGUCUAGGAAGUGUGGGUACAAGUUCCCGGAGGAGGCUACCCUGGAGACUUGGCUAACUGGCGCAUUGGACGGGAGCCUUAGUCCGGAUUUCAAGCUGAAGGAUCUAGAAGGCUCCAAAUACCAGUACCAAGAUAUCUACUACAAGAACCAGUUUCGGGUGUUUGAACAGAGUGUCAGAUCGAUGAGAAAACAUGUGGACGAGAUGAAUCAGAAUCUUGGCAGAUAUUCUAGCGAGUGGAAAUCACAUCAAGAACUUUAAGUGAAAGUGAAACCGAAAGUAAACUCGAAAAUGAUGCAUGACAGUUGUAUUUAACUUUUACAAAUUUCGAUAAACUUUAUGUAUAGAUCAUAAUUAUAUUUAACAGAUCAUAUUAUUUAGUAUUUAAUAUUUAUCUCAAGUUUAGCUAUUAUUGUGGUUUCCAUUGUUUGAAAAAUUAUUUAUUCUAUAUUGAAUUAUUUUAAUCUUUUAAUGAUAUAGCUCUUUAAUUUAAUUUUAAUUACUCUGAAAAGGAUAUAAGUUGAAAUAUGCUACAUUAUCCAGUUGUCAACAAAAAUCGCAAAAUACCUGUAAAUUAUAUGAACGUAUUUUUUUGAUUUUUCUCCUGAUCAGUGAAUCUUCCGUAAUCAUUGGUUUACAACUGCAGUAUUACCAUUUCAUUCUAUUUAAUUUAUCGAACUACCGUACUUUAAUAUUUAUAAACAUUGCUGUUAUAAUCGUUGAAUUUAUUCGACAAUAUGUUGAAUGUUUAAAACGAAGAAUUUAAAGUGAUAUAUUCAAGUGCAGUGGUAGGAUUACAGAAAUGUAUAAGUGGUAAGAUUUUUUUUUACUGAUUAAGAGUCUAUAGGUACAUUAUAUAAUUAACAUUAUUAUUAUUAACAGUGAAUGGAUUUUAUAUUGUAACUUUUUGCUUAUUCGCACGCAAGAUUUAGGCGUUUUCAGCUCUUAUAUAGCUUUAUAGACAUAAGUUAAGAAAAAAGUGUAUUUAGACAGACAUCAGUGAUCAGUCGAUCAAUCCAUUAUAACAUUAUUUUAAAAACCAAUGUAUAUAAUUAUUAUAUUUGAAC